CCCAUUUAAACAUCAUGAAAUUACAGUGGAAAACCUGGGCAACAGCAGCAAACGUCCAGCACCUUAUAUCAGUUCCAGAGCAAGUGCUUGGCAGCCGACCAAGGCGGGAAAAGCGAAGGCGGGCCAGAGAGAGGUUCAAAGAGAGGCUCUACCGAGAGACAGAUUGAGAUACGCUCAGAGGAUGAAGGAGAGACAAGGAAAAGGCGGUGAGCCGUCCGUGAACGAGCGUUACACUCAGUGGAAGUCUCUGGUCCCCAUUCUCUACGAUUGGCUAGCUAAUCACAACCUUGUGUGGCCAUCUCUCUCCUGCAGGUGGGGCCCACAAGUGGAGCAAGCAACAUACAAGAAUCGUCAACGGCUUUACCUAUCUGAGCAGACUGAUGGUAGUGUUCCAAAUACACUUGUCAUAGCAAACUGUGAAAUCGUAAAACCCAGGGUUGCGGCUGCUGAGCACAUUGCACAGUUCAAUGAAGAAGCACGCUCUCCAUUUGUAAAGAAGCACAAGACUAUUAUACAUCCCGGCGAGGUAAAUCGAAUUAGAGAGUUGCCUCAAAAUAGUAAGAUUGUGGCAACACACACUGACAGUCCUGAUGUUCUCAUCUGGGAUGUUGAUUCUCAGCCUAAUCGAAAUGCUGCUUUGGGAGCUACCAAUUCUCGCCCAGAUUUGGUGUUGACAGGUCAUCAAGAUAAUGCUGAAUUUGCACUAGCCAUGUGCCCGACAGAGCCCUUUGUGCUAUCUGGAGGGAAGGACAAGUCAGUAGUCCUGUGGAGCAUUCAUGAUCAUAUCUCUACCCUGGCAACAGAACAGGGAGAUAAAAAGUCUCCAGGAUCUGGAGCCACCAACAGUAAGCUGCCUGGGAAUAGUCCUACUGUUCAAGCUCGAGGUGUUUUUCAAGGGCAUGAUGAUACUGUUGAAGAUGUUCAGUUUUGCCCUUCAAGUGCACAAGAGUUCUGUAGUGUUGGUGAUGAUUCUUGCAUAAUAUUCUGGGAUUCAAGACAAGGUUCAGCUCCAAUCAUGAAGGUUAAGAAGGCCCACAAUGCUGAUCUCCAUUGUGUUGACUGGAACUCAUUUGACGUUAAUCUUAUAUUGACUGGGUCUGCUGAUAACACAGUUCGUAUGUUUGAUCGUCGCAAACUCACUUCUGGAGGAGUAGGAUCUCCUGUCCACAUAUUUGAAGGUCACUCUGCUGCUGUUCUAUGUGUCCAGUGGUCUCCGGACAAGUCAUCUGUCUUUGGAAGUUCUGCGGAGGAUGGUGUCUUGAACAUCUGGGAUCAUGAGAAGAUUGGUAAGGAACAUGAAGAACCAACACCUGCAAAUUCCCCUCCGGGCUUGUUCUUCCGUCAUGCUGGACACAGGGAUAAAGUUGUUGAUUUCCACUGGAAUGCAUCGGAUCCAUGGACUAUUGUUAGCGUUUCUGAUGACGGUGAAAGCACAGGUGGAGGUGGUACAUUGCAGAUAUGGAGAAUGAUGGACCUCAUUUAUAGGCCAAAAGAUGAGGUUUUGGCUGAGCUGGAGAAGUUUAAAUCUCACUUGCUCAACUGUUAAUUUAUCCAAUUUUCUCGGUAGGACAUAACAUUUAGAGUUUUAGACUGAAUUGAUCUGUUUUGAAACAACAAUCCUGGAACAUGAAACUAUGGUUUUUAAUUUAAUUUUUUAAAUAACCAUCUGUUUUGGUGGAAUGAAGUGUGGAACUUGAAGCUAUGAGUUUUUGGGGAUUGUCAUUAUCUGAGAUUCUGCCAAUUUCAUAUCCUGUAUUUAUUGGACCCGAACAUAAAUUUGAUCACAACCCAAGUGGCAAGUUGUGCUCCUGAGUUUUUUUGGAUGCGGACAUCCAUGGGCUUUUGUUAUUUGCAUAAUUGCACCCCUUCCCUUCCUAAGAAACCCCGCUUCACUUCACUUUGCUUAAGAGACGGGCUGAUCAACAUUUUAUAUCCCUAAAAAAAUAGGGAAAACUGUCAAAUAGGUCCUCGAACUUUCAUAAAAAGGUCAAUUAAGUCCUUCUAUAGGAGGUUCUGUCCGGUCAUCGUGAUUUGGGGUAGUUCUUGAUGGAAUUUUUUGAUGAAUUUUUUUGAGCAUCUUAUUCAUCAAGUCUAGUUUACACAUUCAACUUAAUUCUUGAAGAUAAUUGCGUAUUUUUGCGUUCUCGAAUUAAUUUGAAUGCGUUCCCGACAUACAUGGACCGGUUCCGGUUCGGGCCAGACCGGGCCUCAAUUCAAGAAGGGGAGGCCCGGAACCGGCCCGGGUAACCCCCGGGUCCGGGCCGGGCUGGGCCAGGCCUCGGUUCUUUUUUUUUUGGCUUUUCCUAGUUAACCCCCAACCCUCCCCCUCACCCCCAAACCAAUCCUAACCACCUCAAAUGGCCCAAAAUACCCAGCCCAACCCAAAAACUUAAAAAAAAUUCAAAAAAAAAAAAAAAUUGGCCCGGCCCGGGGCCCGAACCGUCCGGACCGGUUCACCUUUUGAAGGGCCCGAGCCCGAACCGCCAUCCCACCGGGCCCGCACAGUAGCGGGCCGGUUGGCCCGGCCCGAGUCCACCCCUAGCUCCCGAUUAAAAUUUUAGCUGAAAUUUGACAUGAGUAAACUAGACUUGAUGAAUAAGAUGCUAAAAAAAUUUCAUCAAAAAAAUCCACCGGGAACCGCCCCAAAUCGCGACGACCGGACAGAGUCUCCUAUAGAAGGACUUAAUUGAUUUUUUUAUGAAAAUUCGAGGAUCUAUUUGACAGUUUUCCAAAAGAAAUAUGAUUAGAAAAAAAAACUCCCCGUUGUGGAUCCGCCGUAUGAGCUACACUUUUCUUUUCGGGUUCUUCAUAAAAUAUGAUUACUUUCUUCAUUAACUUUUUAAUUUAUCAUUUUAUCCUUUUAUGUAUUAUUUUACUCUACUUUUGUGGAUUCGUUUUGCAUUUUGU